AUGGCCCAAACAAAUAUCCGAGCAGCAUUACAAACAGGAGCAGAUGGUCAGAGGAUCCAAGUGCGUGUUGGUCGUGUCUGGGAGGCAACAAACAGAAAGAACGGGACUGUGCUUCACACAAACGUAAUCUUGAUGGAUGAUCAGGGCGAUCACAUCUUAGUAAUAGUACGCAACAACCAGAAAAACUUAUUCCUGCCUAAGCUGAAGGAAAACGGUGUCUGCAACAUCACAAAUUUCAAGAUCGUACCGGGCCCAUUGACUUACAAAAGUGUUGAUAAAGACAUGGCAAUCAACUUUUUCUAUAAGACCAGCAUUGAACAGGUUGAAAACAACGAUGCCAUUCCGAACUAUAUAUUUGAGCUACAGCCCUUUGACAGAGUGCGAGCCCGGGUGGGACGCGUCAACAACUUAAUAGAUGUCAUUGGCAUGGUGACCAGCAUCGGGCGACUGGAAAAAAGAACCAAUGGGUCGGAAAAGAUAGAUGUUGCUCUCCUUGACAACAAAAAUCAGAAGAUGAUAGUGACGUUAUGGGACGAAAAGGCAUAUCAGUUUCAUGCAGGCAUAGAGGUUGGGAGCCAAUCAGCAAUGUUUGUUGCAAUCACUGGACUGUUAGCAAAACAAUUCUCAGGCACCAACAAGCGUCCAGUUCGUGCUGACGACAAAGAUACUCAGCAGCUGGCCAUCAAAGAUGUCCUGGAACUGCAAAUUCCACCAGGCAAAGAUGUAAGUACAAAAGCUUCUAUAUUAUUAGCCGCUGAAAAAAUUACACAACAGAGACUCAAUGCUGCACAACUUAAAUGGCUCUCGCUUGCAUCUAUACAGCAGGGCUCCGACAUUGAGCGAAUCCCCGCAGCUGUUAACAACAUCGUCGGAAAGGUGUGUGCUUUCCAGAUCAAAAUCACAAAAUACAACAUAACACACGGCUGCGAGGAGUAUACUGUCGCCCGCGUAUCCGAGAGCUCAUCCGCAACACCAUCAACCUCUGGCACUGUGGAAUCUGGCAACAAGGCCAAGCGCCUUAGAAUGGAAUGA